CCCACAGAAACAGUGACCAAAAAACCAAAAGGGUUCAAAAGAUGUGAAUCUAAAUGCCGAACACACUGGAUUUUCUGCACUAAUACACAGUGGUAUAAAUGGGCGUGGAGCGUACUGAGCGUAACCCACCAGACCCCUCGUCAGAUCCGUCCUUUGGGUCCCAAUUCCUUCCAGACCAAAUUCUCAGUCUCUCAGACACAGAAAAUGAUAUACAGAGAUUUUUUAUGGAUUGUCACUUGCAAAAAGUUUUGUUUUUUCAAAAACAUGGUUUGUGGGUGUGAAGCCUAAAAGAUAUAUAUACAUAUAUAUAUAUAUUUUUUUUCUCUCUCUCCCUCAGAAAGGUAAGCCAAUUUUGCAUUCAUUUUCAAGCAAAUCUUCUACUUUGUCUAGCCUUUUCCUGUAAAUGGGUCUCUCAAAUCUAUCUGCAAGCGGUAAAAAGACUUUCUCUUCAGCAGCUGUUCAUUGAGAGCAGUGGUUCUCUCAUUGUCAAAACUUUCUCUAUCUGAUUGAAAGGUUGGUUAAGUUCAUUGAACUGAUUGUAGAGAGCGUCAGAGAUUUUGGUUGCUCGAAAAACGAACUUUUUUUGGGCUUCUCAUUCAUUUCAAGGAACUGGGUUGUUUGAUUUUGAAGGCUAAGGAUGGAAUCUGCCCAGACAUGUCUGUGAUUUCAAGCCAAAAGGGCUCCUCAUAACUGGUGCAUGGACGAGAUUUGAUAUCUUUGGAUAGCAGGAAAUUUUGCAAAUAUGGAAGCCCUGGAAGACAGCUCCAGGUUCAGUUCCUUAACAGCCACAACUUUAAGGAAUAUGUCAUCAUCGUCGUCGGCAUUCUUUUCAGCGAAUCAGUCGCCCUUCUUCUCUCCAAGAUCACCAACAAGUCAUUUAUCAGAAUCAAAACGGUCUGACAUUCCAUGUGACAGCAUUCGCUUUAGUGUUGAUCGUCCUAGUUGCAUUUCAGGAAAUAUAGAACCUGAAUAUCUGGGAAAUGUCAGAAGUACCUUCUCAGACUUGUCAGCAACCCAGGCUGCCUGUAAUUCAGGUGAUUUCCAGAAGUUUGACCGUGUAUGUACCUCAACUAGCAUCUCCAACAGCACCCCAUCUAGUUACUGCCAUGACCAUGGCAACAGUUAUUCUUGGCACGGAGAGAAGCAGAGAAAGCACACAAGUAGCUACCAAACCUCAUUUACUCCUGGUUCAGUUUCACUUUCCUAUAAUAGAAUGAGGAGCUGUGAUGUGUUCAUAGGUUUGCAUGGGCGUAAACCUUCUUUGCUGAGGUUUGCUAAUUGGCUCCGUGCAGAGCUGGAGGUCCAAGGGAUGAGUUGCUUUGUAUCUGAUAGAGCACGAAACAGGAACUCCCGCAAACAUGGAAUUGUUGAGAGGGCCAUGGAUGUCUCUUCUUUUGGGGUUGUAAUUCUGACUAGGAAGUCUUUCAGGAACCCAUAUACUAUUGAGGAGAUGCGGUUUUUCUCAGGAAAGAAGAAUUUGGUGCCGAUAUUCUUUGACUUGAGUCCAGACGAUUGCCUUGUCCGGGACAUAAUUGAGAAGAGGGGAGAGCUGUGGGAAAAACUAGGCGGAGAGCUAUGGGUCUUGUAUGGAGGGUUGGAGAUGGAGUGGAAAGAAGCUGUCCAUAGCCUCUCUCGUGUUGAUGAAUGGAAACUAGAAGCUCAGGAUGGUAACUGGAGAGAUUGCAUAUUGAGGACUGUCACACUACUGGCGACAAGGUUAGGGAGGAGAAGUGUCGUAGAGCGAUUGACUAAGUGGAGAGAAAAGGUAGAGAAAGAUGAGUUCCCUUUCCCUCGAAAUGAGAAUUUCAUUGGUCGCAAGAAAGAACUUUCUGAGCUGGAAUUUAUACUUUUUGGUGAUGUUACAGGUGAUUCAGAAAGAGAUUAUUUUGAACUUAAAGCUAGACCCAGGCGUAAGAAUUUGACAAUUGGGUGGAGUAAGAGCAGUUUAUUGGAGGAGAGGCGGAGGGAACGGCAAUUUGAGAGUGGCAGCCGAAAGGGAAAGGAACCAGUUGUGUGGAAGGAGUCAGAAAAUGAGAUUGAGAUGGAAGGUAGUGGUUUUCCUCGAAGGCAACAUCAACAAAAGUCAAAAGGUGGUGGAAGGUAUGCGAGGAGAAAAAAAUCAAUGAAGAUUUUAUAUGGGAAGGGGAUUGCUUGUGUGUCAGGGGACUCAGGAAUUGGCAAGACAGAGCUUCUUCUUGAAUUUGCUUACAGAUAUCAACAGAGGUACAAGAUGGUUUUAUGGGUAGGUGGGGAAAGCAGGUAUGUCAGACAGAAUUAUCUGAACCUCUGGUCAUUUUUGGAAGUUGAUGUGGGGGUUGAAAGUUGUUCAGAGAAAAGUAGAAUAAAGGGCUUUGAAGAACAGGAAGAGGCAGCCAUUUCUAGAGUUCGCAAAGAGCUUAUGAGAAACAUACCAUUUUUAGUGGUGAUUGAUAACUUAGAGAGUGAAAAGGAUUGGUGGGAUCACAAACUAGUAAUGGAUCUUCUUCCACGUUUUGGCGGAGAGACCCACAUUAUAAUAUCCACACGCCUUCCUCGCGUAAUGAACUUGGAACCUAUGAAACUCUCAUACUUAUCUGGCAUUGAGGCAAUGACAUUAAUGCAGGGAAGUGUCAAAGACUACCCAAUUGCAGAAAUUGAUGCCCUAAGAGUUAUUGAGGAUAAAGUUGGAAGGUUAACCUUGGGGCUUGCUGUUACUGGUGCAAUUCUGUCUGAGCUACCUAUAACUCCAAGUAGGCUGUUGGAUACCGUUAACAGAAUGCCCAUGAAAGACUUGUGGAGCAGUCGGGAAGCUCACUCAUUGAGGCGAAAUACCUUCCUUCUGCAACUCUUUGAGGUAUGUUUCUCAAUAUUUGAUCAUGCUGAUGGGCCUAGGAGCUUGGCAACCAGAAUGGUCCAGGCAAGUGGUUGGUUUGCACCGGCUACAAUUCCAGUUUCCUUAUUAGCCCUAGCUGCUCACAAGAUACCCGAAAAGCAUCGAGGAAAACGAUUAUGGAAAAAUUUAUUGCAUUCCAUAACUUGUGGUUUAACUUCAUCAUACACCAAAAGAUCAGAAGCAGAAGCUUCUUCCAUGUUGUUGAGGUUCAAUAUUGCAAGAAGCAGUACAAAGCAAGGCUAUAUCCAUUUCAAUGAGCUCAUCAAGCUUUAUGCUCGCAAAAGAGGAGAGAAUGGAGCUGCACAAGCAAUGGUUCAAGCUGUAAUCAGUCGUGGGUCUAUAUCUCAGCACUCCGAACAUAUCUGGGCGGCAUGUUUCUUGCUGUUUGGAUUUGGUCAUGACCCCGUAGUUGUUGAGGUGAAGGUGUCAGAGUUGCUAUACCUUGUCAAAGAAGUGGUUUUGCCUCUUGCGAUCCGUGCAUUCAUCACAUUCUCUCGGUGCAGGGCUGCUCUAGAACUUCUGCGACUAUGUACCGAUGCUUUGGAGGCAGCGGACCAAGCAUUUGUUACCCCAGUUGAGAAAUGGUUGGACAAAUCACUUUGUUGGAAGCCCAUCCAGACUAGUGCUCAGUUGAAUCCUUGCCUUUGGCAGGAAUUGGCUCUAUGCAGAGCCACUGUUCUAGAAACUAGGGCCAAGCUAAUGCUAAGAGGGGGACAAUUUGAUAUAGGAGAUGAUCUAAUUAGGAAGGCUAUUUUUAUUAGAACUUCAAUUUGUGGUGAAGACCAUCCAGAUACAAUAUCUGCUCGUGAAACUCUGAGCAGACUGACCAGGCUCCUUGCAAAUGUUCAAAUUCAUACUUCACCAUAGAUUCUAUAUUUCUGUAAGCAAAGUUUACUCUAGAAUUAUACAAAGGUCGCAAAUAAAACUGUUAUACUUUUGGAGGAAUUUUCUAUACCAUUUAACUCUUAAUUA